AUGAAUGUGAUUAAGUUUAAGCUUCCGGUUAGCUUUGAGCCGAAGUGCAAGGUGUACCGUAGCCGGCGAAGGAUUCCUCGCAGCGCCCACACUACACCGGACACGUUGUUCAGUAUGUGCGAGUUGGUUCUCCGGAAGCUGCUGGGUAGUCGAGUUCCGCGCAGAAAGUUCUGGCCAACCGUGCUGUCGUUGCUGCCCGGGUCAGAGUCACGCCGGAUCAGCGUGCGACAUCAGCUGGAGUGCCCACAGGAUUUCAACAUCCAUCUCAGGGCCAGCGUAAACUAUGCCAAUCAUUGGAGUCUGCUGACGGAAUCUUUGAGGCAUGAGCCGCGCUGGCCCCGGAUACGCAUCGGCGAUCCAGUUCGCAACCGGAUUACUCGCCUCCACCAGGACUACCCAUCGCAGCACAUCUGGCAGAUCCGGCCCUAUGACAUGCUGACCAGUGCGUUUAUCGUUCGCACAGCAGCAAAAAUUGCAUCCUUGGAGCAGCAGCGCUCCCAGGGCAGGUAUCGAACAGGGCGAACGGUUUCCUCUUUAACCACCACCACCAUCACUACCGCGACCACCUCUUCGACCGGGCGGCGACUGAGUCGGGACAGAUCGAUCGAUGUGCCGGACGACGACGACCAAGACGAUCAGCAGCGGGUGCAACAGUUACAGCGGCAACAGCUAAUGGUAAUUGGCAAGCGUACAACCGGAAGUUACGAGCUACGACUAAACAGUGUAUCGGCUAAAACCUCCCGCCGCAAGAGACCCACACGCUAA